GUCUCUGGGUAUGAUUACAGGGCUGUUGCUUGGUGCGAUGGCUCUGGGGCCGAUUGCGGAGCCUGUUGCCAUGGCUCGCUGCGUGCAGUAGCUCUGGCGCCGGUGUCGGCAGCGGUUCGUGUCCCGAUCCUGGGCCGAUCCGAUUGAUUUUGUCCCCGCUCGGUCUCUUUUUCCCUGCUGGUUUGCCCCGCUUGAUUGAAGCGGAAGGUGGAAACGGCUGCUGAGGCCCCGGGCACUGGUGCGGGUGGUGGCCCGGAGGCUGUGCGUCCUGUUCGGGCGAGCCGGCGUCGGCGGGGUUGCAGCCGGCAUGGAAGCGCAGGAUGGAGCGGGGCGGCUGGAGCUACUCUCGGCUCCCGGCGUGGAGGAGUCCGCGCUGGACCCAGUGGAACGGAUUUUACUGGAGUCUGUAUGUCAACAGCAGGGAUGGAUCCGAGUGUAUGACGUGAAAGGUCCUCCAACACACAGGUUGUCUUGUGGCCAGUCGCCAUAUGCAGAAACGGCCUGGGAUCAGAAAUAUUGUAUGCUGACUGACAGCCAGAUGAUCCUUCUGAACAGGGAAGAAGAGGUGAAUGUCGACAUGCUACAGGAUCAACAGGUGGAUUCCUCAAAAGGACGAAUGCUGCGGCGGACAGUCAGUGUUCCAUCUGAGGGGCAGUUCCCGGACUAUCAGCAGGAUGGGAACACCAAACUGGAGCCACCUGGAGACCGCUCCCCACGUCGCCGGAGUAUAUCAGGACCAGGAUCAUCCGAGAAAGCAAAUGGGAUGGAGGACUCCACAUCCCCAUUCAAGGGUUUUUUCAGUAAAAGGUUAAAAGGCUCUAUCAAACGAACUAAGAGCCAGCCAAAACUUGACCGUAACACCAGCUUCCGUCAGAUACUACCAUCAUUGAGGAACUUGGAUGGUGACCGGUCUCGUGCUUUACCAAAAUUGAAAGAAUCUCGUUCCCAUGAAUCCCUGCUGAGUCCUGGCAGUGCAAUUGAGACUUUGGAAUUAAGCAUGGAGCAGGAUGUCUUUAUUAAACCUUUGCACAGUAGUAUCCUGGGGCAGGACUUCUGCUUUGAGGUUUCAUACACAGGAGGAAGUAAAUGCUUUAGCUGUUCAUCUGUGGCAGAGAGAGAUAAGUGGAUGGAGAACCUUCGGAGAACAGUGCAACCAAACAAGGACAACUGUCGCCGUGCAGAAAAUGUACUCCGUCUCUGGAUUAUUGAAGCAAAAGACUUAGCCCCUAAAAAGAGGUACUUCUGUGAACUGUGCCUGGAUGACACACUUUAUGCACGAACUACCAGCAAAAUGAAAGCAGAUAACCUGUUUUGGGGUGAGCACUUUGAAUUUUACACUUUGCCAAUGGUCAGGAACAUCACAGUACAUAUUUACAAGGAUAUGGACAAGAAGAAAAAGAAAGAUAAGAAUAAUUAUGUGGGAUUGAUCAAUAUUCCAAUCACCAGUGUCACUGGACGGCAGUUCAUAGAGAAAUGGUACCCUGUCAGCACACCAAACUCAAACAAGGGCAAAGGAGGAAGCCCUUGUAUCCGCAUUAAAUGCCGCUAUCAGACAAUUGCCAUUCUUCCUAUGGAACAGUAUAAGGAGUUUGCAGAGUUUGUCACCAAUAACUACACCAUGUUGUGCUCUGUUCUGGAACCAGUUAUCAGUGUGAAGAACAAAGAAGAGAUGGCCUGUGCACUUGUUCACAUUUUGCAAAGUACUGGUCGUGCAAAGGAUUUUCUUACAGACUUGGUGAUGUCUGAGGUGGAUCGAUGUGGGGAACAUGAUGUUCUCCUCUUCAGGGAAAAUACCUUAGCAACAAAAGCCAUAGAGGAGUAUUUGAAGCUUGUUGGCCAGAAGUACCUCCAUGAUGCCUUAGGAGAGUUCAUAAAGGCACUUUAUGAAUCAGAUGAAAAUUGCGAGGUGGACCAGAGUAAGUGUUCAUCCAGUGAAUUGCCAGAACAUCAGAGUAACCUCAAAAUGUGUUGUGAGUUGGCCUUCUGCAAGAUUAUCAACUCCUACUGUGUGUUUCCACGGGAACUUAAAGAAGUCUUUGCCUCAUGGAAGCAACAGUGUUUAAUCCGUGGGAAGCACGAAACCAGCGAGCGCCUGAUCAGUGCCUCACUCUUCCUACGUUUCCUCUGUCCUGCAAUUAUGUCACCCAGCCUCUUUGGCCUGAUGCAGGAGUAUCCAGAUGAUAGAACUUCUCGCACCCUCACCCUCAUCGCCAAGGUCAUCCAGAAUCUUGCCAAUUUUACCAAGUUUGGAAACAAAGAAGAAUACAUGGCAUUUAUGAAUGAUUUUCUGGAACAUGAGUGGAGUGGGAUGAAACGUUUUCUGGUGGAAAUCUCAAACCCAGACACAAUAUCCAACACGCCGGGAUUUGAAGGAUAUAUUGAUCUAGGUCGUGAGCUCUCUGUCCUGCACUCACUGCUCUGGGAAGUGGUGUCACAGCUUGAUAAGGGUGAAAAUUCAUUUCUACAGGCAACAGUAGCGAAGCUUGGCCCUCUCCCACGAAUACUCAGCGAUAUCACCAAAUCACUAGCUAGCCCCACACCAAUUCAGCAGCAGGUGCGGAGAUUUGGGGAGCACGUCAGCUCAUCCCCAAAUGUGAGUGGCAGUGUGUCGUCUGGGCUGCAGCGGAUAUUCGAGGAUCCAGCUGACAGUGACGUGCAACAAUUGCAGUCUCCAACUCAAGAAAACGUUGAAGCAUUUUUCCACAGCAAGCAGCACUUCCCAGGUCAGCCAGCCUCCACACACAGUAUGACUUACUCUGACAGGGAUGAAGAAGAGUCCACCCUCCAUAACGGCAGGAGCGUAUCGCUCGUAGAUCUGCAGAGCACUGCUGUGACUCAGGGGACAAAUAGUGCACCAGUUGUUUCCAGUGUGCCAGUCCGGCACCCUGGCAGCCAGGCCUCAAUUACACAUACAGCAAAUAUCAAGCAGCUGCGAGAGGUGCAGAGUGGGGUGCAGAGUGGGGCGCAGAGUGCCCCUCAGAUCCGCAGGCCUCUGCAUCCAGCUCUGAGCCAACAGAGCAGCCUUCAGCCUCUGUCUUUCCAGAACCCUGUUUACCAGCUGAACAACCCUCCAGCAGGAAGCAGCAAAGCCGGCAUGGACUCCAGUUCUGAGAACCUGAGUUCCACAAGCUCCCGGAGCCACACCAACAGCGAGGAGCUGAUCAGCAAGCUGAGUGGCCCCAGUAACAGCAGCAUUGAGGAUUUUGCCAAACGCAGCGCAUACAGUGAGGAUUACUCCAAACGACACACCAUGCCAGACAGGAACAAUCUCCCAGUGGCGUUGCCUCGGCAGAAUAGCAUUGGGCAUUCACAGCUCCGCAGGACAGAGUUGUCAGGUUCCAGCGGCCGAGUGAAAGCACCACAUUCGUUACCUCUGAGUGCAUCGCAGAGAAGCACGGGGAGCAUGACAGGAUUACCAUCUACGUCACCUGAGCCACCACACAAUGAAAAUCGCUCACGGCAACCAUCAACUUCUUCGAAAGGGGAAAGUCCUGUGCCCAAAGUCCGGGCAGUACAUAGACAGCAGCAAACACACCAGGUUCAGUCACCAGUGGAGACUGCCACCAUGUCACCAGUGGAGAGGACAGCUGCUUGGGUUCUGAAUAAUGGACAGUACUUAGAAGAUGAUGAGACUGACCAAAUUUGUGAGGAGAGUAAACAUGCAGAGAAGUACGAGCAGGAGAUCACGAAGCUCAAGGAUCGGCUGAAGGUAUCGAGUCGGCGGCUAGAGGAAUAUGAGCGGCGUCUGCUUGCCCAGGAGCAACAGAUGCAGAAGCUCUUGCUUGAGUACAAAUCCAGGUUGGAGGACAGUGAGGAGAGGUUGCGUCGGCAGCAAGAGGAGAAGGACAGCCAGAUGAAAACAAUCAUCAGCAGACUGAUGGCAGUGGAAGAAGAAUUGAGGAAAGAUCACUCAGAAAUGCAGGCAGUAAUUGAUGCCAAACAGAAGAUUAUUGAAGCCCAAGUCAAUUGUGAGGAUGGGAUGAGCAUAACAGGAGAAACGAAUCGUCAACCUGGAUUCUGCCAACUCUCGGCUGAUGAACGCUCUAACACAGGUCAAGGAACGUUACAGCAUGCAAACCCGCAAUGGGAUCUCUCCCACCAACCCCACCAAGCUGUCAAUAACAGAGAACGGGGAGUUCAAGAACAGCAGCUGUUGAGGGAGAAUCUGGAUGUUUCUGGCCAGACUCACACGGACUUCGCUUUCUGAAUUCACUCUUGAUUUAUUCACAGGUGCUGCUAAGACUGUUUUAUAAUGCUUUGGAUUGUAAGAGAUUAUUCAUGGGACAAUGCCUAAUAUCAUCAUGUGCACUCUGCGGAAGUCUUACUCCACUGUGGAAACUCUAUGAAACCUGUACAGAAAUGAACUGUAAGAUUGUACUGGGGGUAAAUAAUUGUAGAAUUUAAAGCAACUUUUUUUAAUUAUUUCUGCCAGACUUACUACUCUGGAAGAUGUUCCAAAGAAACAGAGUAGAGAAUGGAACAAUUAUUUUACAAGAAGUAGAAUUUUCAAGUGUUGUGUAUUUUCAAGUUUAAAUACUCUGGCUAGAGGGUGUAUAUAUCUAACCAAGAAGCACAUAGAAUGAAGAUAGUCUGUAAAAAAAAAGAGAUAAGAGUAUCUGAAGUGUCUGCUUCUUUAAUUAACACACUGCAUUGGUUACUUUCAGGGUAAAAUAGCCCGUGUUAAAUAUGUUCAAACUAAGAUAUUUUACAUGAUUUUUUUGGCUGAAAAAUGUGUCAUGAACAAAAACAAGCUGUAAAUCACAACAUCUUAGAAAUAAUUCUGUUUUUAAAAUCAAAACUUUUAUCAUGUUGAUAAGUGUUCAUGAACACAACCAUUGGAGGAAAUAUUUCAAAAAUACUUGUUUUAGAAAACUGUAUAUAGUAAAAUGCUGCCGUGUGUGUGUGUGUGUGAGAGAGAGAGAGAGAGACAUGAUGACGAUAAUGACCAUUUUCUGUGGUUCUACAAAAAGAAGUGAUUUGGAAAAGCAAGUGAACGUUGGGAAAUGAUGAUGCUGCCAUACUGGAUAAAGGGAACAGUAAUAAUGCAGAGCAUGAGUUGCAAGCACGCUUUACUUUCUUAAAUCCAUUCAUUUUCCAAAUGAAUCUCCUUAGUUUUUUUUAACUCAGUGCAUCUAACUUUAUUAGAAUAAUGUUUUGCCAAAUUCGUACCUAACUAACCAAUUUGAAUGUCUCAUGGAGCUGUUCUGUAGGAAUGUCAAAGCUAGAAAGUUUCCCCUCCCCUCCAAUCAACUGCUGGUGGAUUUCUGGCAGUUGCUGCUGCUGUUUUUGUUUAUUGAAGAUGUGAAGAUUGUGAGUUUAAUCUCAAACUGUUGGCUCACUUUUGAUGAGAACUGUUGCAAUGAGACAAAGAAAAUAAAAUAUUGUUCAAAAAUAUUUUUUUUCUUUUUAAUAUCUGUACCUUUGCUAUGUACAAUAUUGCAUGCUGAUUUGAAAGAAAACAGCAUUAAAAGAUGCAGCAGAGCAUCUUUUUAUCAGGAAGCAUGAACAAAAGCUAGAUCAGAUGACCUUUAACUCGGCUUUGAUUCUGUCACUGCAGUUUGCUCACACCCUGAACUGUUAAUAGAGUCACAGCCAGCAAAUGCAAAUAUCUCCUGCAACUGUUCUGUGGGUAAUGUUUAAGCUGAACUGGUGGACUCCUUGCAGUUCCUGGGGCUUACUUGAAGUGUCUAUUAAUACUCGAUCCUUGUAGUCACUUUUUCAAAAUUCAAACUCCCUCCCUCCCUUAUGGUGGUAAAAUACUUAACAUUGUGGAAUGCAGACCCUGAAGAAAAGAAGGUCCAAACAUGACUGACUGAAGAUGUUGGUGGUGAUAUUAGGGUUUAAAAAAAAAGUCUUUUGAAGUUGUGAAGAAUUGUGGUCAACAUGACAAUUGGCAAAACUUUAGAGACAAAUGAUGACAAAAAAAAGGACGAAGAGCAAAAAAGAAAGACUGAAAAUCAACUAGCAAGGAAUGGACUGUAAGAGCUUUAAGUAUGUAAAAAAGAAAGGAAUAACAGAAGUAAAUGUUGGUUCCAUUGAAGCUGAGACAGGGAAAUUAUCAAAAGGAACAAGCAAAAACAUUAAACAUAUAGUUUGAAUCUGUCUUCACAAUUGAAGCAAAUUAAAAAUAGCAGGAACAAAGGGAGAGAAGAACUUAAAACAUUUAUCACUAUAAAAAUAUAUACCCAGUAAAUAGAUGAGAAAAUAUUUACCAUAUCUCCUGGAUCUAGGGUCUUAUAGAAACAGAAGCACCCUUCAAAAGUCCCCAGAUUCUGGAAAGACCUUAAUGGAUUGGAAAACAGUGAAUGCAGCAAGAGAGAGAAGCUUGGGAACAACAGGCCAGACAGCCAAACAUCUCCUGUAAAAACAAAAUGCUGGAAUCCAUUAUGAAAGAUAAAUCAUGUUUGAUAAAUUUGCUAGCGUCCUGAAAGUAUAAUAUAUUUGGUUUUUCAGAAGGUGUUUGAUAAGGUGCCAUACAGUUGGUGCACAAGAUAGCUGCUCAUGGUGUUAGAGGAAGUGUGUCAGCAUUGAUUGAAGACUGGUUAUCACAUGAAAAAUAGAGAGCUGGAAUAAACACGUCUUUCUCAGCUGUAAAGAUGUAACUCAUGGAGUAUCCCAAGGAUCAGUUCUUGGCCCUCAAUUAUAUACAAUUUAUAUCAAUGACCUGGAGAAGGUGGCAGAGUACAAGGUGUCCAAGUUUGCUGAUGACACAAGACUAGAUGGGAGGGCAUGUUUUGAUGCAAUUGGAUGUAAAUAGGUGUAGUGAGUGGUCAGAAUCUUAGCAAAUGGAGUUUAAUGUAGGAAAGUGUGAGAUCAUGCGCAUUAGUAAGAGGAAUCAAAAGGUAGAGUAUUAUAUACAUUGAGAAAGAUUGCAGAUGAACAAAGUACAGAGGGACCUUGGUGUUUUUGUGUAUGAAUCACAAAAAGUUGUCUGUUGCAGCAAGUGGUUGGUAAGGCAAAUAAUGUAUUGGUCUAAGUUGCAAGGGGGUUGGAGUUUAGAAAUAGGGGCAUAUAGUUACAAUUCUACAAGGUACUGGUGAGGCCAGACCUGGAGUAAUAUGCACAGUUUUGGUGCCCUUAGUAAGAAAAGAAAUCCUGUUAUUGGAUGCAGUCCAAAGGAGAUUCACUGGGCUAAUUCCUGGGAUGAGAGGGUUGUCCUAUCAUGAGUGGCUAAAGUUUAGAAGAAUGAGGGAUGAUUUUAUUGAAAUAUAAGUUCCUGAGGGAGAAGUUGAGAUGUUUCCACUAGUGGGAGAAUCUCAAACAAAGAGAUGUAGUUACAAGAUUAGGAGCUGGUCAUUUCAAACUGAGGUGCAUCAGAACUACUACUCGCAGAGGGUCGUGAAUCUCCUGAAUUCUCUGCUCCAGAGGGUUGUGGAGGCUGGAUCACUGGGGGUAUUUAAAGAGAAGGUAGAUAUACUUUUUGAAAGAUCAGUGAAUUGAGGACUGAACUGGCACAGAAGAGAAGAUGAAGCCACGAUCAUAUUGAAUGGCGGGGCGGACUUGAGGGACCUGCUCCUAUUUACUCAUGCACAGAGUGAUCUGGGUGAACUUGUAUGUGAAACACCCAAAAUUAACGGCAGGUAGAACAAAUAAUUUAGGAAAUCAAAUGGAAUGUUGGCUAUUAUUGAAAGAGGAAUGGAGUAUAUAAAGGUACUGCUACACCUACAGGGCUUUGGUGAGACUACACGUGGAGUGAUGCAGACAGCUUUGGUCUCCAUAUUUAAGAAUAUAUUUGCUUCAGAGGCACUGCCAAGAAGGAUCACUACAUUAAUUACAGGGAUGAAGAGCUUGUCUUAUUGGGAUUAAAUUGAACCUAUCUGCAUUGGAGUUUAGAGGAUUGAGAGGUGAUCUUAUUGAAAUACACGGAUUCUGAGGAGGGGUUUAACAGUGGAUGCCAUGUGUGGCUGCUUCCUCCAGUGGGAGAAUCCAGACCUCAUGGGCAUGGUUUCAGGAUAUGCAUAUUUAAGACUUGAGAUGAGGGGGAUAUUUUUUCUCUCAGAUGGGUGUAGAUUCUUGAAAUUCUCUUCCCCAGACAACUGUGGAUGCUUUGUCAUAUGCUGGAUUCAAGGCUCAGGUGGAUCUUUGGAUAGGAUUAAAUCAAGGGUUCUUGGGAUCAAGCAGGAAAGUGAAGUUCAGGUGAAGAGAUCAGUCAUGUUAUUGUUUGGGAGAGAAGAUUUGAGGGACCAUGUGGCAUAUUCUUGUUCCAUUUCUUCUGGUCUUAUAAAUCAGUGUCUUUUAUCAACUACCAACUGAUGCAGGGUUUCAUCCUGAAAUGUUGGCAAUUCAUUUCCCCCCCCACUUCUCAACCCACUGAGUUCUUGCAGCAGAUUGUUUGUUGCUAGUUGACUCAAAACUGUCAUUUGUGAUAGCUCGGGAAGCCAACUUGAACAUUGUUUAGGUGCAAUUAGGGAUGGGCAAUAAAUCCCAUGAAUGAAUUGAAAAAUUGGAUGCUAGCGAUCAGAGGUGUUCAAGUGAUGUCCCAAAGAAACACCAAAUUGAAGAUCCAACACAGGAGUUAUCUGGCUUCAACUGGCACUGAAGGUAAUUUGCAUAAACUGCAUAUGUGGCUAACUCCUUGACAAAUGUAAAAUGAAAGGAUUACUCAACUGCGACUGUGAUGUGAAUCUGUUCAUUUCUGGCUACUGUUGAACAGAAGGUACCAACGUGAUCCAUCUCACAACUGCCCAUAUCGAAUUGAUGCCAGUCUCAAUAUUCAGUUAGAACAUUUGGUCAGUUUCUUUGCAGAUGUCACAUGAAUAAAUGACUGUUUUGAGACAGUAUUAUUCUGCUGCUCAGCUGAAGCAGUAUUUAACUCGCCUGUACCAUAAAACAAUCUGAGAAUUACUGUUCAGUUUUUGUCUGAUGAGGAAUCCUUCCUGGUUGGCAGGAUCUGAUGGCAUUUUCAGCUAUUGUUCUGAAAACACACCUGAAAUUUGUUUUUUUUUAAUACUGACAUGAAAGGUUCAAGGACAUUCUCAAAAGAUUUUGUAUCAGUGGAAAUUUUGUUGUAUUGCAAUACAUCUCUUCCACACUACAGCAGAAAAGCACUAUUGUUUAUAUGGUCAGUGUAAAA